CGCUGACGUUUGUGGUUGUGCGACCCUGGGGUGCUGGUUUGGUACUGUGAGGGCUGCAGGAUCCGAUAAAUCUUAAACAUGACUGACAUGGCGGACAACCACAAGGAGGCCUGGGAAGCCUUAAUCAAUGCUGCAGAGAAGUAUCGCAGACAGACUGGAAAUGACAUUGUUCUAAUCACUGCCUACAAACCCAAGCUGCUUUCUAGCUUUUCAUACUCUACUCACGGCAAUGGCGUUCUCCUGGAAGCAGCCCAGCGCUACCUUGAUGACAUAGCAGUAGUGCACAAGACCACUGCCUAUACCAAUCCAGUACCGAUCUCUAUACCAAAAGAACCCUCUUCGGGUAGACAGAAUUCCUUCUCUAAGAGCUACCCUUCUAUUUAUGGUAAAGAAAGCCUUUCAUCAAUUGAAGACAAUGACCGAUUUAAGCCUGCACCCCACCAUCAAAUCCCUGACCAGGAUAUGAAGCUAGAGACGCAGGAAGAAGACUAUGACUAUAAUCACAGCCAUCUAAACAAGCCUGAUCAUGAUCCUAGUGAUUCAACAGCAGGGUUAUUUGUUAUGGAUGAAGAUUCUAACAGCCAAGAUUGUGAACCCUUCUUUGAAUCUGACCAAGAAGAAAGCACAGACGAUGGGAGCUUAACUGAAGAUGCCCCUGGACAGCCUCUACCUCAGCGUAGCUUUCAGCAAUAUGCAAAAUCUCUUCCUGUAUCUGUUCCUAUAUGGGGCUUUAAAGAGAAAAGACAGAACAAUAAAGCAGACGAAGAAGAAAGUGGCAAGUUUCCAUCCCCUGACCUGGAUAGGAUCGCUGCCAGCAUGCGUGCUCUGGCUCAUGACACUACACAGCCAUUUGGUGACCUUCCUCGUCCUCGCUUGAAUACUGGUGACUUUCAGACAACGUAUCGGAAAUAUUGAGUGAAAGGCAGUCGUCAACCAUGCCUACUUAUCUGAACACUAAGGAAUUUCCUCCUGUGUCAGGAGAUGAAGCUAGACAUAUCAAAAACUACCCACUUGUUGCUGGGGUUCUCUCUCCAAUUUGGUAAAUCAGUAUAUAUAAAGUGUUUUUUUGGGGGGGUUUGUUUUUGUUUGUUUGGGUUUUUUUUAAACAAUAUUAGUUAAUGUGAGGGAUUUGCAAGACUUGACAAAGUUGUUAAACCCCUCCAGUAAUUUUGAUUUCUGUGCAAUUUCUUUUUUUUUUUUUUUUGGUAAUGACCUCAGAGGAAUACAUAUAUUUGUAAUGCCUCUUUGAAGACUGAACUUUACUAAGUUGUAAGUGUCCUAGAUGGUUUAAUUUUUUUUCCUCCCUCUCUGUGACCACUAUGGAAAUCUUCACUACCAGACAAUGGUUUCCAAGCACAUUAGAUGGCAUGUUACCAUGCUACCUGUACCAGCCUAUCUGCACCAGCGUUUUUGCCUGCUAUUAUUUUGUACAACAACCAUGUAACCUAGGAAUACAUAACCUCAUGCUGUGGAAGCAGAGGAUGGACUCAUUGCACUAAUACUUGUAUAAGCGUUUUUUUCCCCAGUGGCAAUAAGUCAUGACUGACUUUGCUUAGUGGAAAUAUAAAGUAAUAUUUAAUACAUUUCAAAA